GCUGUAUAUAUGGGAAUUGAAGGUGUUCAUGCCUUCAGAUGAAUAAAUAGUAUGUUUCGAAAUAAAUAAAAAUGUCACUGUGUGUUAUUAAAGCUACAGAAAUUGCUUGGCCAAAAUGAUGUUGAAGGUUCUGAUCGCUCACGUUCUUGUUUCUCUUCUCGUUCUUCAUGACCUCGCCGCUGAUUCCAAUGAAACUGUGGCCACAACCUUUGCUGCAAACCUUCCUCCUCAGCCAAAAAUAGACUGUGAUGGAGCUUGUGUUGUUAGGUGUUCAAAAUCAUCGAGGCCUAAUCUGUGUCGUCGGGCAUGCGGGACGUGUUGCAGUAGAUGCAACUGCGUUCCGCCUGGCACUUUCAACAACUAUGACGUAUGCCCUUGUUACAGAGACAUGACCACUCGUGAAGGCAAACACAAAUGCCCUUAGAGGUUAAUGUAUCAAGUUUCUCUUUAUUCGUUAACUGGACUACAUAAAUAAGAAAAAAAAAUACGAUUUUGAUUUUA